AUGGUAUUUUUCUUGUCUUUCUAUAGGGCUGAAAGACACACAGGAGUCUUCAUGGAUAUAGUUGAUACAUUUAACCAUUUAAUUCCUACUGAACACUUAGAUGAUGCCCUAUUUCUAGGAUCCAACCUGGAGAAUGAAGUCUGUGAGGAUUUUAGGACAAGUCAAAAUGUCUUAGAGGAUUCGCUGAAGAACAUGCUCAGCAAUAAGGAUCCUAUGCUAGGAUCUGCAAGUGCCCAGUUCUGUUUGCCUGUUUUGGAUAGCAAUGAUCCCAAUUUCCAGAUGCCUUGUUCAACAGUUAUUGGUCUUGAUGAUAUUAUGGAUGAAGAAGGAGUUAAAGAGAGUGGUAACGACACCAUUGAUGAUGAUGAGCUUGUUUUACCUAACAGGAAUUUGAGGAGCCGUGAAGAAACAUCAGUCACAUCACCAAGAAAGUCACCGCGUUUAAUGGCACAAGAAUCAGUACGGAGUUUGCGACAGAGCACUUUAGCCAAGCGUUCAAAUGUUGCACCUCUUGUUAGUACCAAGAAAUCAUCUGGAAAAAGUGGAUCUGCUCCAAAAACUGGACAGAAACAAGAGAGAAGUCCAGCUAAAGAGACAGAUAUUGCUGCACCCUUGAAAACAGAACAGCCUAAAGAAGUUAGGCGUAGUACAAGGCGAUCAGGACAGACAGAAGGAAUUACAGCAGCAGUAACAGCAUCCCAAACUAGUACAAAAUGUCUUCCUGGUCCCAAAGAGGUGAAUGAAAUAAAGUGUGAAACCCUUGAGCAGGCAGAAGUUGAGGAAACGUCCCAAGAGUUAAGUUGUGGUAACUUAUCAGGAGCCUGUUCUCCUUUUCCUGGAGAAACAAAGGAGGCAACAGAGGUUGCAACAAAGACUGAGUCCGGGAAUCCAGUUUGUUCAGUAUCUGCAGAUACUGAAGUUACUGCAAUUAAGAAUGAAGCAAAUGAUGUGAUUGAUUCAGUGGGCUCUGAAAUGUCUUCAGUAGAAAAGACUGAAAAUAAAACGGAGGGAUCAGAAAAGAGAACAGAAGAACAUAAUCAAAGUGGGGUAACUGGAAAAGCUAAUGAUCCAUGUAGUGCUUAUGUGAAUCCAAGUGAAAUUUCUGAGACAUUUUUAAGUUUGUCCAGCUCUGUAGAAGAGAGGGGUGACUGUAGUUUAGAUUCCCACAAUGUGGCAGUUCCAAUGGAAGCUGCAGAUGAUGACAAGGGAGUGGAGAAAACGGCAGCUUCAUCUGAGAAACUAUUGGACAGUAGUAUAGAGUUUGAUAAUAAAGAGUUGAAAAGCAAAGAAUUUACUUCUCCUGACCCAGGAAAUGGCAUUUUAGAAAGCACUGUUCUUGACCCAACAAGCCAAAAUGUGCGGCAGCAGCUCAGCAGUACUAAUGUAGAUGGCCCUGAGACAUCAAAAAUUCAUGAUGAUGGUAAACAAAUUAGCAUUUCAUCAAAAUGUGAAAAGAACAUUAAGCCCAGGCAUAGUAAGUCUAUAAUACAGAGUAAGCAAAACCUGUCUGCAAGUACUCGGCAGAAAUCGGGUAUAGUGCAACAAGAAAUAGUGCGUUCAAGACCAAGAGCUGGUCUUACUGUUUCAGGUCUUCACAGUUCAUCUUCAGCAAGUCUGAAGCGGACUGCAGAUGACCAAGAGGGUCAUCAGCAUCCAAAUAACCCAGUUAAAAUUAGGAAGAAACAAUCUGAUCUGGGUUUGAAAGGCAAGACCUUUGUUUCAGGGAUGACUGUAAAAAAGCAGACAAAUGCAAUGCUGAAGAAAAUACCCCGGCUCCAGGCUUCUGGGCACAUACAGAAGUCAUCAAUUCAAAGAGCAAGUGAGAAAUCUCCUACUCAUCAAAGCUGUUCUAAAGACACUCACCACUCUGUGCAGUUGUUAUCAGGGCAUGUUUCAAAUCUUGGUCAGAAGCAAGGCCAGGGUCAUAAGCACCAGCCUGCAACUCUGCUAAAAACUAAUAGCUCCACAAAGGAAGAGGCAGAGACAAAAGAUCCCUCUGUUGUAGAACAUCUGAAGGAGGAUGAUAAAGAAAAAAACAAAUCAAAAAGAACUGAUAAGAAUCUCCAACCCCGGCAGAGAAGAAGUAGUAAAAGCCUUUCACUUGAUGAACCUCCACUGUUCAUUCCAGAUAACAUUUCAACUGUUAAACGGGAAGGCUUGGAACAUACCUCUGCUACUGAAAGCAAAUCUGUUUGGGUGCCCAGCAAGCAGUGUGGCUUUUGCAAAAAGCCACAUGGCAACAGAUUCAUGGUAGGCUGUGGUAGAUGUGAUGAUUGGUUUCAUGGUGAUUGUGUUGGACUGAGUCUUUCUCAAGCUCAGCAGAUGGGUGAAGAAGAUAAAGAAUAUGUGUGUGUGAAGUGCUGUGCUGAAGAAGACAAAAAGAUGGAGUGUUUUGAUCAAAAUGUAACAGAUACUCAAGUGAAAUUAGAAAUCCAUAGAGAAGAAAAGGCAACUGAGUGUGAAAAACCGGGGAUGUCGAAGCAAGCACCCACUUGUAAUGUGAAUGUAACAGCUGAAAAAUCAAAACAAACAGAGGACACUGGGAAGCACAAAGUCAAAAUCUUCAGACGAGAAUCUGGUGAUGGGAAGAGCUCUUCUGAAUCCAGAGACUUGGAUCUUAAAAAAGGGCAACAUCUCCCUGUUCGCAAAGGAUCACAAACUGCUGUAAUUCCUCGGCGGUCUCCUGAAGAUAAAAAUGAAAGAAUAAAUAAGGAGUCUCUCAGUGUGGUGGAAAGGUCCACAAAAUCAGGUAUUCAUGAGAAACAAGAAGUUAAGAAAAAAAAAAAUGAAAAAGGACCCGUUAGUGCAACACACGUGCCAGCCAUGCCAGCUUCCAAACCUUCUGCAGAUCAGAUAAGACAAAGUGUCAAGCAGUCUCUUAAGGAAAUCCUGAUGAAAAGAUUGACAGACUCCAAUUUAAAGAUUCCUGAGGAGAGAGCAGCAAAAGUUGCCACCAGGAUUGAAAGAGAGCUGUUUUCUUUUUUUCGGGAUACUGACUCAAAGUAUAAGAACAAAUACAGAAGUCUGAUGUUCAAUCUAAAAGAUCCUAAAAAUAAUAUAUUAUUUAAGAAAGUACUGAGAGGAGAGGUUACUCCAGACCAUCUAAUAAAAAUGAGCCCCGAAGAACUGGCUUCCAAAGAACUGGCUGCUUGGAGACAGAGAGAAAACAGACACACAAUUGAAAUGAUUGAGAAAGAACAGAGGGAAGUUGAAAGAAGACCUAUCACAAAAAUUACUCACAAGGGAGAAAUAGAAAUUGAAAAUGAAACACCAAUAAAAGAACAAGAGGAAGUAAUGGAAAUUCAGGAACUUAAUACAAAGUUGUUUGAGAAGUCAGAGGAAGCUGAAAAAGAAGUAAAUGCAUCUUCAUCUCCAGACACCACAAGUCAACAUAAGAAUCAUCUCUUCGAUCUUAACUGCAAAAUCUGCAUAGGCCGAAUGGCACCACCUACUGAUGAUCUCUCUGCGAAAAAAGUGAAAGUGUCUGUUGGAGUUGCACGGAAACAGUCAGACAAUGAAGCUGAGAGCAUUGCAGAUGCCCUUUCUUCAACAUCAAGUAUUUUAGCUUCAGAAUUACUGGAAGAUGAUAAGCAAGACUCGUCAAAGUCGUCAUUCACACCUCUCCCAAAGUCAGAAACACCUGGUACCGUGGAAUGUGAAAGUCUGUUCCUUGCACGCCUGAAUUUCAUCUGGAAGGGUUUUAUCAAUAUGCCUUCAGUGGCAAAGUUUGUUAUUAAGGCUUACCCAGUUUCUGGCUCAUUUGAGUACUUAACAGAGGAUUUACCUGAUAGUAUUCAAGUAGGCGGCAGGAUAUCUCCUCACACUGUCUGGGAGUACGUAGAAAAAAUCAAAGCUUCAGGGACCAAGGAGAUCUGUGUGGUUCGCUUUACCCCUGUAACUGAAGAGGAUCAGAUCUCCUAUGCCUUGUUGUUUGCCUACUUCAGCAGUAGAAAGCGUUACGGCGUCGCAGCCAACAACAUGAAGCAAGUGAAAGAUUUGUACCUCAUCCCUUUAGGUUCCUCAGACAAAGUCCCACAUCAUCUUGUGCCUUUUGAUGGGCCUGGAAUUGAAAUACAUCGACCAAAUUUAUUACUGGGAUUGAUAAUUCGCCAGAAGAUGAAGAGGCAGAUAACUGCUGUUACAAGUGUAACUAGUAGUUUUGUGGAUGAAGGUUCUGAAAGUACCUUGAGUAACUUGCCACCAGAGAAAAAAAGCAAGCCAAACAAACCUGAGGUCUCUCAUCAUGAGUUGACACUAGAAGAAGAAGAGGAAAAUGAUUUUUUUAAUUCCUUCACAACUGUGCUACACAAGCAGAGAAAUAAACCUCAGCAGUCUAAUGUAGAAGAUGCUCCUGCAGCUAUUGAACCCUUGGUGGAAAGCACUAAACAUGAACCACCAAAGCCUCUCAGAUUUCUUCCUGGAGUCCUGGUUGGAUGGGAAAAUCAGCCUUCUACUCUGGAGCUAGCAAAUAAACCUUUGCCAGUGGAUGAUAUCCUUCAAAGCCUGUUGGGUACAACAGGGCAGGUAUAUGAACAGAGCAAGUCAGAAACAAGUCCCAGUGAAGACACACCAUUAUUAAAUGAACAAGCAACUUUAAAAGAAGAAAACAUGGAUGUUGCUGAUGUAACUACUGAAGUUAGUGAAGGAAAGACUGGUUUGGAUGAUGUACAAGAAUCCACUAAUGCUACUGCAACUGUGGAUGCAGAAGCUGUAGGAACCUCAAGUUCCGCAAGAAGUGCUCCAUCUUUGGUAGGGCUGAGUCUUAAGGGAAAACCUCCAGAUGUUUCCACAGAAGCAUUUUUAGCAGAUGUAUCUGCACAGUCACAGAAUAAAGAAACUGAAGAAAGUAAAGAAAAUGACCUAAAGCAGCAGUUACCCGACAAGGAUAAUGUUGCACAGGAAGUCAGAAGGACUGCAAAUUCCAGCUUUUCUUCUUCCUCAUCAAAUGCAGGGAAAAAAAACAAAGAGAGCAACGUUAAUGUAGGCUCUGCUGAAGGAGCCACUGCUAAUACCUCUAAAUCACCACCAUUUAUUAAUCUUAAAAGAGACCCACGACAGGCAGCUGGACGAAGCCAGCAGAGCAACGCGUCAGAAAGCAAGGAAGGAGACGUUAGCAGAAAUGAAGACCGACAGAACACUUCAGGAAAUGAUCAGAUGGAAUCAGAGAAUAAACAAGCUUCUGGAGAAGUGGGCUUGAACCUGUAUCAAAGUGAUGCCCAAGCAGAGACGCAGUACAGUUCAACUGCAGCAAAAGCAGAUAGUGCAGGUGCAUCGCAAGCGGAAGAUGCCAAACACUCGCAGGAAGAUCCGCUGAUGCAAAAUAUCGAAACAGUGAACUCGUUUAGAAGGGGACCAGCAGCAACUUCAUCUCAUUUUGAAACUGAAAACUCUUCUCGUUCUGAAUUUACUUCCAAAGUCCCAGGUCCUAUUACAAGUGGCACCUUCUCAUCUGUUAGGCCUCCACAGCAGAAUUUUCAGCAUCCUAAAUCUAAUCCACCUGGAUUUCAGUUUCAACCUCCAACACCACAUAACUUCCCUCCACAAAGCAACCCUAUGUUUGGAUUUCCUUCUCAUUUGCCACCUCCACUUCUUCCUCCUCCAGGCUUUGGCUUUCCUCAAAAUCCAAUGAUGCCAUGGCCACCAGUAGCUCAUAUAUCAGGUCAGCCACCACACUAUGCUGGACCCAUUGCACAAGGGCUACCAGUGUCUCACAAACAAUCAAGAUUUUUGGGGCCAGAAAAUUUUUUUCAGAAUAAAGACAGUAGGAGACCAGAAAGACGCCACAGUGAUCCUUGGGGCAGACAAGAACAGCAUUUGGAGAGAGCAUUCAACAGAGGAAAAACCGAUCAACAGAGACAAAGGUUUUACAGUGAAUCCCAUCACCAAAAGAAGGACAGACAUGAAAAAGAGUGGAACAACGAAAAAUACUGGGAGCAAGACUCUGAAAGAAAUAGACGCAGAGACAGAAACCAGGAAAAGGAAAGGGAGAGAAAGGGUAGAGAGGAAGGACAGAGAGACAAAGAAAGAUUGCGAUCUCCACACAGUGAUAGGUCUGCUGAUGGAAAAAGCCCCAGAGAGACUAGAAAUCCAGAAAAAAAGACAGAGAAGCCUAAAAGUGAAGAACAGGCUCAUGAAAAAGAUAAGGAGAGGGAGAAAAGCAAAGAGAAACAUAGAGAACGAGAAAGUGAAAAGAACAGAGAGAGACAUAGGGACCACAGUGACAGAACUAAAAGCAAAAGGUAAAAAGAUGCAGGCAGCCUUUAAAAAUUCUAUUUAAAUAAACUGUUAGAGCAACGUUGUAAAACUUUGUAUUAAAAACAAACAAAAAGCCUGCUAGGAUUGUGCCAUCUUUUUUA